GAAGAAUUGUUGAAAGAUUGUCUUAGGUUAUGGUUUCUGCUUACAAACAAAAAUAAUUAUUGAAAGAUUUCAGAUUCAUUGGGCAUUGUUUUUAAACCUGAAUAAAAUGAUUGCGGCGCAAAAUCAGUCAGGAAUACCUGACAAAAUGUGGCAACCACCCUUUGUCCAAUUUGAUACCACCAUGGGUGAAUUCACUAUAGAGCUGUACUGGAAACAUGCUCCACAAACCUGCAGAAAUUUCGCCGAACUCACCAGAAGAGGAUAUUAUAACAACACAAUAUUCCAUCGAAUCAUAAGAGACUUCAUGAUUCAAGGCGGUGAUCCUACUGGCACUGGCAAAGGGGGUUUAUCAAUAUAUGGUCAAACAUUCAAAGACGAAAUACACCCAGAGCUGAAGCAUAGUGGUGCUGGAGUUUUAUCAAUGGCUAACUCUGGACCUGACAGUAAUGGUUCUCAAUUUUUCAUUACAUUAGCCCCAACUCAGUGGUUAGAUGGCAAACAUGCUAUAUUUGGAAGGAUACAUUCGGGCAUGAACAUUAUUAAGAGAGUUGGACUGGUGGAGACUGAUAGAAAUGAUAGGCCAAUGGAUGAAAUCAAGAUAAUUAGAGGAAAAGUCCUGAAGAACUAGUCUUGAGAAUAAAUCUAAUGUUUUUAAUUUAUUAAGUAUUUUAUAUGAAUGAAAUAUAUUUUUUUUAGAUUC